UCUCCAACACCACAGUUCAAAAGCAUCAAUUCUUCGGCCCUCCUCCUCCACAAGACGACAACAUUCGCGCAGGCUUGGAGCGCGGUGUUUUGCUCGCGGACUCUCGCGCCCUCUAGCGGCGUCUCUGAGAAAAACACCGUACUUGUCCGCGCCGGACGCGAAUAAAGAUUUCUUCUUCAAACAAACAGGAAGUGCCUACGGAGGCCGGGCCGGCGGCGGGUCAGGGGCCGGGCAUGAGGCCGGGUGGCGAGCGGAUCGCGGGCGGCGGCGAUGAGCGACAUAGUGGAGAAAACACUGACGGCGCUGCCGGGACUAUUCCUACAGAACCAGUCGGUUGGCGGGCCUACGGCCGCCAAGGCGUCCUUCUCCUCCCGGCUGGGCGGCCUGGUCCGCGGCAUCACCGCGCUCACCUCCAAGCACGAGGAAGAGAAAUUAAUCCAGCAGGAACUGAAUAAUCUGAAAGCAACUGUUUCUGCUCCUACUACAACUCUAAAAAUGAUGAAGGAAUGUAUGGUGAGACUUAUAUAUUGUGAAAUGCUUGGAUAUGAUGCUUCCUUUGGCUAUAUACAUGCAAUCAAGUUGGCACAACAAGGAAAUCUUUUAGAAAAAAGAGUAGGUUAUUUGGCUGUAUCUUUAUUUCUACAUGAAAGUCAUGAACUAUUGCUUCUCCUUGUGAAUACAGUUGUAAAGGACUUGCAGAGCACUAACCUAGUAGAAGUAUGUAUGGCACUUACUGUCGUCAGCCAGAUUUUCCCUCGAGAAAUGAUUCCAGCUGUUCUUCCAUUGAUAGAAGAUAAACUUCAGCAUUCUAAGGAGAUUAUACGAAGAAAAGCCGUUCUGGCAUUAUAUAAAUUUUAUCUCAUUGCUCCUAAUCAAGUACAGCAUAUCCAUGUUAAGUUUCGAAAAGCACUUUGUGACAGAGAUGUUGGAGUCAUGGCUGCUUCCUUGCACAUAUACUUUAGGAUGAUUAAGGAGAAUUCAUCUGCAUAUAAAGACUUGACUGGGAGUUUUGUAACGAUUUUGAAGCAAGUGGUUGGAGGAAAGCUCCCAGUAGAUUUCAAUUACCACAGUGUACCAGCACCAUGGUUACAAAUUCAGUUGUUGAGAAUACUAGGACUUCUAGGAAAAGAUGAUCAAAGGACAAGUGAAUUAAUGUAUGAUGUUCUUGAUGAAUCCUUACGAAGAGCUGAGUUAAAUCACAAUGUCACAUAUGCUAUUUUGUUUGAAUGUGUACAUACAGUGUAUUCUAUUUAUCCUAAAUCGGAAUUGCUUGAGAAGGCUGCCAAAUGCAUUGGAAAGUUUGUUCUGUCACCUAAAAUAAAUCUCAAAUAUUUAGGACUGAAGGCUCUUACUUAUGUUAUCCAACAGGAUCCCACUCUUGCUCUUCAACAUCAGAUGACAAUAAUUGAAUGCUUAGAUCAUCCUGAUCCCAUUAUUAAAAGAGAGACGCUGGAACUUCUUUACAGAAUUACUAAUGCACAGAAUAUAACAGUGAUUGUCCAGAAAAUGCUUGAAUAUUUACAUCAGAGCAAAGAAGAAUAUAUUAUCGUCAAUUUGGUUGGAAAAAUAGCUGAGCUGGCUGAGAAAUAUGCUCCUGAUAAUGCGUGGUUUAUUCAAACAAUGAAUGCUGUAUUUUCAGUGGGAGGAGAUGUGAUGCAUCCUGAUAUUCCCAAUAACUUUCUGAGACUGCUAGCAGAAGGUUUUGAUGAUGAAACAGAAAAUCAGCAAUUAAGACUUUAUGCAGUUCAGUCUUAUCUUACUUUAUUAGAUGUGGAAAAUGUGUUCUAUCCACAGAGAUUUCUUCAAGUUAUGAGUUGGGUGUUAGGAGAGUAUUCCUAUCUCUUAAAUAAGGAAACACCAGAGGAAAUUAUAACCAAGCUCUACAAGUUACUUAUGAAUGACUCCAUUUCUUCAGAAACAAAAGCCUGGAUAAUAGCUGCUGUGACCAAGUUGACACCCCAAGCACACUCUUCUAAUAUAGUUGAGAGAUUAAUCCAGGAAUUUACCACAUCUUUGGAUACUUGCUUGAGACAGCAUGCAUUUGAAUUAAAACACUUGCAUGAGAAUGUAAAACUGAUGAAGAGCUUACUUCCAAUUGAUAAGAGUUGUGAAGACAUGGUGGUAGAUGCUUCCUUAUCUUUUCUGGAUGGUUUUGUGGCUGAAGAACUAACACAGGGGGCAGCACCUUACAAACCUCACCACCAGCGGCAGGAGGAAAAGCUUUCUCAGGAAAAAGUUCUCAAUUUUGAACCAUAUGGACUCUCUUUUUCUUCAUCUGGCUUCACUGGACGACAGUCUCCUGCUGGCAUUUCUCUUGGUUCAGAUAUAUCUGGGAAUAGUACAGAGACCGGACUAAAAGAGACAAAUGGCUUGAAGCUGGAAGGUAUAAAGAAAUUGUGGGGGAAAGAGGGCUAUCUUCCAAAGAAGGAAAGCAAAACUGGUGAUGAAACGGAAGCCCCUCCAGUUCCACAGGAGAGUAUAAUAAUGGAGAAUGGAGAUCAAACUGUAACAAAAAAGGAUCAGUCUCAAGUCCUUACCCAAUCUAAAGAGGAGAAAGAAAAGCAGCUGCUGGCAUCAUCAUUGUUUGUUGGGCUAGGAUCAGAAAGUACAAUCAAUUUGCUCGGAAAAGCAGAUACCAUUUCUCACAAGUUUAGAAGGAAAUCAAAAAUCAAAGAAACCAAAAGUGAGGAAACAACCACUGAUCAAAAUAUAAUCCGUUCUUCCUUUAGUUCUUCAUCAAAUGUGACUUAUGAAGAAGAUUAUUGUUUGGAUAAUUUGCAGGAUAGAGGAGACAAAGAAUUAAAGAAGUUUUCUCUCAGUUCAGAACUUUUGGAUUCGGAGUCACUGACAGAACUUCCCUUGGUUGAGAAAAUCUCAAAUUGCAGGCUGUCUACACCCUCUUUGUUUGCUGAUAACAACAUGGAAGUUUUUCACCCUCCUCAAGCCACUGCAGCCUCAGUUGCCAAUGAAAUCUCUUUAGUUUCUUCUUUGUUGGAAGAAACUAGUGAGCACAUACAUUCAGAUCUUAUGGAGGUCUGUAAUAAUGAAACCAUAUCUGUGUCUUCUUACAAAAUUUGGAAAGAUGAUUGUUUGUUGGUGGUCUGGUCAGUUUUUAAUAAAAGUGGUUCGGAACUGAAAAGUGCUAACUUAGAAAUUGCGUCUGCAGAAAAUUUCAAGAUCACUGAGCAACCUGGAUGCUGUUUGCCUGUAAUAGAAGCAGAAAGCACCAAAAAUUUUCAGUACAGUGUGCAGAUGGAAAAACCUUUUGCAGAAGGAAAUCUGUCUGGUUUUAUAACUUACCAAGUUAUGGAUACUCACUCUAUUCAGCUUGAAUUUUCAGUAAACUUAUCACUGUUAGAUUUCAUUAGGCCAUUAAAAAUCUCGACUGAAGACUUUGGUAAACUCUGGUUAUCCUUCGCAAAUGAUGUGAAACAAAAUGUAAAGAUGUCAGAAUCUCAGGCUGCUCUGAGUUCUACCUUAAAGGCCCUGCAACAGGAACUAAGACUUCAUGUUGUUGACAUUAUAGGUAAUGAAGGGCUCUUGGCCUGUCAGCUGCUCCCAUCCAUCCCCUGCUUGCUGCAUUUUCGAGUUCAUGGUGACAUGUUAGCCCUGUGGUUCAGAUCUUCUUGUUCUACUCUUCCUGACUAUUUACUUUAUCAGUGUCAAAAAGUGAUGGAGGGAUCCUAGCAAAAGCUCUGCUUAUAUUUUACUCCAUCAAAAUAAAUGGUUUACAUAGAUAAACUUAUUUACCAAAGUAAAAAGGAUUAAUGGUACUUCUAAUGAAAAUGGGGAUUAUUAUAGGUUGUGGUUUUGUGUGUUUUCUUUAUGGUUCAUGAUCAAGAAAGAUCCCCAAGAAACUGUACCCCUAACCUUUUACUCAGGAUUGUACAGUAGGUUUGGGUCCUAAAAAGUGGCCUAAGCUAAUGUUAUAAACUGCUAAUGAUUUAUAUAUAUUACUUAGUGUAGAAGGUCUGAAAAUAAUUUAUUUUGUUAUAAAUAAUUUUAUAGCAGAUUUACUCUAGUGCUAAAGCUGAUUUAUAGUAAAGCCAGGUCUCAGUUCUCUGUGUUAAUGGAGGGGAGACCUGAACUUAAUAAUCCCAAAUUGAAUUCAUAUUUGGCUUUGGAAUGCAGUGUAUGCUUUUUGGUCAGCAAGUCAUUACUUUCAAUAAUGUUUUGCUUAGAUCAAUAUUGAGCUAAGUUGGCACAGCACACACUAAUACUUCAGGAGACCCAUGAGCACGUUGGAUUUUGAGGGAUCCAAUCUGUGGUACAGUUUUUAUUAUAACUUGAUACACAUAAUUGCAAACAAUUUGGCUACAAAAUUUGUUUUCCACUUGCAUUGAUUUUUAAAAUUCAAAAUGAAUCACUGUAUUCUUGUUUUAAAAACUCAGAGCCAUUUACAUAAUAUUAUUAUUUAGAAACAAAACCUGUAAGAGCACACAGUACUAAAGUAAACAGGUAUAAAAGGACUUUUCAGUUAUGGCAAAUAUCUUAGUUACCACUUAGAUUUUUUCUGGCACAUUAAAAUUUGUGAAUAGAGUACAAAUGACAAAACCAUCUUUCCUGGCCUUUGAAUCCACUAGUACUCAAUGGAUGCAACGAGAAGAGUGAUAGUCUUAAGUUUACCAUACAGAUUCUUCAGUAAAAUACAUGAUUUUCAUGUUACAGUUGUGCCUAUAUGACCUCUGUCAGAACUAUUAUCAGUAAAAGAGGUUAAGCCUAAUUUGAAUGAUAGACCAGAAUCUUAAGAUUAUACAUUUAUGUUAAAAACAGAGUAUUUUAUAAAACCUUAUGGUGCUGUGGAAAAUAUUUAUUAUUUCACUUUUUCUGAUACUUCAUGGUAGAAACUAUUCAGGUAAUAUAGUUUUAAGUCAUUGUAGUUAAUACUCUGGUUAAUUGGUACUGUUUAUCACCCGGGUGUGGAAUUGUGGUUUUAGGUUGUCUCAUUAGUCAUAACUGAUAGGGAAUUCCCCAAAGCUGAUAGACUUCACUAGUUAUUUGUGUUUAGCAUAUCUCUCCCUAAAAACAAAAGCCACAUUAAGAAAUUAAUUUUUAAAUUACUCAUUAAAAAAAUACCUUGUUAAUUUCAUGCUUCUAAAAAAGCAUGCAGUAAGACCUUGCUACAAGAGCAAUGAGCAGUGGUUAGAAUUUCCUGAGUAGGUUUUUCCUUUUGAAUAGAAGAUCAGAUUCAUUCUCAAGCUCCCAGCAUUGUCAUGAUGACAGGAAUAUGAAUGACGGGAGAGUGUGGACACUGUUGGCUUUCUCUUUAUUGCUGCCUCUGUCAGCAGCACCUUCCCACCCCACCUAGUCCUGUUGAUACUCUGACAAAGAGAUAGGAAGUGCCCUCUCACUUUGAGAAGGAAUGUAGAGUGUAGCAGAAGAGGUGCUUCAUAUUUUUGUGUCCCUGCUUCCUUUUGUGUGGUCACUACGGCUGGGUGGAGUGUGGAGCAGUGGAUGUAAGGUGCCCAACAAGCAGGUGGACAGCUAGCUGGGACAGAUUACAGUGAGCUGUUGUGCUGCUUUGUUACAGGGUGUUCAUGGGUGGCAGCAGCAGUUGUCAUGAGAGACACGCUUGGCCUCCAGUGCUAAUGGUGGGAAAUGUGUAAUGGUAGGUUGGGGCUGGGAGUAUGAUUUUGGGUCUGUCAGAGGGAACGUGGUGUCACUUUUGUUCUUUCUGAACCCACUGCAUAAAAAGUAGGAUAAAAGGAUUUCUGCUGAAUGUUUAAUAGAAUGUUUACAUUUUUAUAUUUUUAUGAUUUUUAAAAACAAUAAUAGAAAGGAGUAGAUUUUAAAGAACUUCAGAGCAGUAUAUAUUCUGCCUAAACUAAUGAAUGUUUUAAGUUGUAGAUCAGGCAUCACCAGCUUUUUCUGCAUUGUAGGAGAUGUGACGAUGAAGUAGGAAGAAUGAAUUUUUUUGUGGGCAAGAUCGUCUCUUUAUCUUAUAAUUCAGUCAAGUAAAGGGGCGACAUCUGGAGUGAGAGCUCUUGUGGAGGGGAGAUGCAGCUGGUGAGUUCUCUGCUGGGCAUCUUUGCUGAGAACAUAGGUGGCAAUGAGUGUGAAUCUGGGGAGAAUAAAGGGAAGACAGGAAAGCCUUAAGAGACAGUGGAGGAAGAAGGAGCAGGCUUCCACCAGAGGAGUAGAUUAGUCGCAGGGGAAUGUGGGCCCUGAGUAGGGGUCCUUCUGAAAAAAACUGCAGAUGGAAGCUGAACAGUUACCAAGUGCUGAUGUGCCAAGCAUGCCAAGCACAGCAUGUGCUCUGCAGAGGAGCAGUAUUUAAAAAAUAUUCUAUAAUCUACGGAAACAAUUUUGGUUAAAAUGCAGUUUUAUUUUUUCCUUUAUUUUAGUUCAUGUCAUUUGUGUUUUAAAAUAUCAAGCAAUUUUUUUUUUAUGGAUUAAUGUGAUCUUUGUCUCAUGUUUGUGAGCCACUGGAAGUGCACUGAACCUAUUCACAUGUCUUUUAAGGUGUUGUUUUCAUUUGUUUUAAAAUUUUAGGAGGGAAAAAUGCAAGUGAAUAACAGCUUUCCAGGCAUUAGUUGCCUUAUUUUGGAGUUGAAUUCUGUAAUUUGAAAAAAAUUCAGUUAAACAUGUAAUAAAUGCAAAGUGAUCUAU